AGUGAAUUACUUGAUUUUCAUUGGAUUUUCAAAACAGUUUCUUUUUAGGUCUUGUCCAGUCUCGUCCAUUUUGAGAUAUCAUUGAUAACGGUUUCUUUGAAGCUCCGCAAAUUGUUGGCGUAUUCACGAAGAGCAAGCAUCAAACCUCUAUCAAGUCUAAAAGGUUAUCACAACAUAACUUCGCCCAAACCAGUAAAGAUUUGAUAUAGUGACCACAUUUUCUAAAGAUGGGUGAAUUCUUCCUUCACGAUUACACUCACGUUCAGGAUGAUGAGUUUGCCAAAGAGUUGAUGGGAAAGUUUGACAAAUUCGAUUGUCGCUUCAAGGCAAUACAUCCAGAAAAGCCGGUGUCAAUGGACCCUGAGGUUACCUACUUUGGCAACCGAAAGAAAAAGCAAGACGUUUUAUGUCAGUACGACCAGGUGUACCGGCAGAAGAGCACGUGGAACCAGCGACUGCAUAGAGAGGACGCGCAGUACAAACUGGCUGCCGUUCACAUGUGGCGAGAGGAGGCCGACCGGACGGUGCCCGCACUGGGCAGCAGUCUGUACGGCCACCGGCCGGCCAUCGACGCCAAAAAGACCACCAACAGUCAGCGCAUCCACGUAGUGGAGCAGGAGUUCCGCCGACCGCGCAACGUCUUCCCCGGCGACGGACUGUAGAGGAGAGAUGUUGCACGGGCGAACGGUGGACGCCUCGAUGGCAAGCGGAUGUAAUCGAACAGGUGUAACGAAAUGGGUGUAGCGAGACGGGUGUAACGAAACGCUUGUAAUAGAACAGCUGAAACGGGCCGAGUGUAACAUCCUGAUUGUAAAGAAACUGGUGUCGUGUAACGGAUGUAACAGACAAUAGGUGUGAUAGAAUAGCUGAAACGGACCGGAUGUAACGGAUCGCAGUGUGUAAUAGGUUAAUGGCAGAAACCGAUGCCCAAGCACCUAUUAUGCAUUUCAGACCCUGUGGAACAGUCCUUUUCCGCUUUUUCUCGUUGUAUAUGCGUUUGAUUUUAACCAAACUUUGGUAAUGGCAGUUUGAGAUCCCUACCUAAUUUUUAUCAAUAUGGUCUAUUAACAAAAAAUGAAAAAUAAAGGCACUUGUCAUUGA